AUGAUUAAAUUGAAGAAAAAUAUAUAAUGCAAAAAAAAAAAAAAUUAAUCGGGAAAACUUCCUUCAAUAACUAUUUUGAUAAUUAAAAUACCUUUGGCCUUGAAUAGAUCAUUUCAUAAUAAAAUAGAAAAUUUUUAGAUUUAAUUAGAUAUUAAAAAUGUUUAAUUAAUGAUUAACUCCUCAUUUUAAAUUAGAAAUUUUGUAGUGAGCUUAUAAUUAAAAGGUGGGGGAGAAAAGCUUAAUAUCUUAAUUUGA